AUGAAGAGGGGAAUUAAAAAGCAGGUUAAUUAUGACAGACUCAAGGAAGUUACACAAGGAGCUGAGGAGAAUCCUGCCCUCUUUCAGGGUGUAAUCUAUGCGGAGGAAGCUGCAGAAGUUAGCCUCGGGCCCUCAAACUUUCCAGAUUCAGCUGUUAGAAUGGCUUUUGGAGUCUUUAAUAAUAGGGAUCAACAGCUGAAGAGGAGGAAGACCAAGGUGGGAGCAAGAAACAAAGAAAAGGCUCAAAUUUUGGCUGCUGCCAUAUCUGGGAACCAAAGGGUUUCAGAUUCUGUGUUUGUAAUGAAGAGUAAAAGUGCUGAUAUAGCCCUCCUUGGGAACGACGUGACUCUGAUGUGUAAUCUGACAAUCCCAGCAGAUGUUCUACAAAUUACCUGGCAAAAAUUCCAAGGGUCUAUUCCAGAGACUAUAAAAACAUACAGCAGCCAGCAUGGUGGGAAAAUUCUCCCCCCAUAUAACAAACGGAUUCAGUACAGCAAUAGAGAACUGACAUCGUCAAGUGUAACUAUAUAUAAUGUGACCCUGAAAGAUGCAGCAUGUUACAAAUGUCUCUUUAAUGUCUUUCCAAAUAGUAUCUAUGGAGGAAAGAUGUGCUUCAGUGUACAAGAAGUAUCUGAAUUAAGAAUUGAGCUCCAUCCUCAUCCCACCAUUGAGGGAAUCCUUAUAGUCAUCUGCUCAGCUGCAGGAAAACCUGCCCCUCACAUCACUUUCUCCCCUAAAUGGCUGCUGAUGGGAUUGCCUAAGGAAUACACUGAUCAAAGCCCAGAUGGAAUAACUAAUGUCACCAAAUGGUAUAAUAUCUCGAAGGAGGCUGUGAGGUCCUUGAAAAUUCAGAAUGCAUCCUGUGUCAUGGAUCACCCUCUAAGGAAGAAGAAAGAACUUGUUUAUUUUUCUCAGGAACCAGAAUUAACUUCCAAUGACUCAUUGUCGAGGUCACAUACAUACCUAAUAGCCUCACUGAUUUGCCUAUUGAUCCUCAUUAGCUGCUUGGUGAUAUACACAAAAGGGAUAAAGAAUAAAAAUAGUCACAGCUCUGCACAAAAUAUUUCCUCUCAGAAACCAAGGAACAAGAAGCCCAUGGAGUCAGAAACCCAGGAAGAGAAUAUUCCCAACCAUGUUGAGCUUUUCCUCUGACGUUGCCCCUCCACCCAGUUAUACUGUAUAUAUGUUGUUUGAACAUAAUUUUUUGCACUGGUAUGCCACCUACUGAACUUCUUGAGAACCUGAACAUUUGGACUUCUGGAUUGUGUUGGAAUACAUGGGAGCCACCUGACAGUGACUGCUGGAGAUCCAACCCAGAAUGGAUCUCUUCUUGUGAGAGGAUGAUACAAGGAGACUG